AUGUUUUUGAAGGCGGGCAGAGGGAAAAAAGUACCCCCAGAGAGGAUCUAUGGGUCUGAUUGUGUAGUUCUGAUGGAGCCCCCUUUGAGCAAGAGGAACCCGCCAGCGCUGAGAUUAGCGGAUUUGGCAACGGCUCAGGCCGGGCCGCUUCAGAAUAUGACAGGCUUCCCGGCGCUGGCCAGCCCGCCCGCCCACUCCCAACUCCGCGCAGCUGCCGCGCACCUCCGCCCUCGGGAUCAGGGCGCUGACCCCGGCGUGGCCAUCACUCCGCUCGGACCCGAGCACAUGGCCCAAGCGAGCGCGCUCGGCCUCAGCCCUCUCUCCCAGGGGCUGCCGGCACAGUCCGGGGGCCUGGCGGCCGCCGCCCGCGCUGCAGCCUCGGUCGCGCACCCCAGCGGCGGCACCUACCCCGGCGGCGGGGGCAGCAGCAGAGCGCAGCCCUCCGCGCCCCCGCCCCCAGCCCCUCCUCUUCCUCCCUCCCCUUCACCCCCUCCCCCUCCCCCUCCUCCUCCUCCUGCCCUCUCGGGCUACACCACCACCAACAGUGGCGGCGGCGGCAGCAGCGGCAAAGGCCACAGCAGGGACUUCGUCCUCCGGAGGGACCUUUCCGCCACGGCCCCCGCGGCGGCCAUGCACGGGGCCCCGCUCGGAGGGGAGCAGCAGUCCGGCACCGGCUCCCCCCAGCACUCGGCCCCGCCUCCCCACUCGGCCGGCAUGUUCAUCUCGGCCAGCGGCACCUACGCGGGCCCGGACGGCAGCGGCGGCGGGGGCCCGGCGCUCUUCCCCGCGCUGCACGACACGCCAGGAGCCCCCGGCGGCCACCCGCACCCGCUCAACGGCCAGAUGCGCCUGGGGCUGGCGGCGGCGGCGGCAGCCGCGGCGGCCGAGCUGUACGGCCGCGCCGAGCCGCCCUUCGCACCGCGCUCCGGGGAUGCUCACUACGGGGCGGUGGCGGCCGCUGCAGCAGCCGCCCUGCACGGCUACGGAGCCGUGAACUUAAACCUGAACCUGGCGGCGGCAGCCGCGGCGGCGGCGGCCGGACCGGGGCCCCACCUGCAACACCACGCGCCGCCCCCGGCGCCGCCGCCGCCGCCGGCGCCCGCGCAGCACCCGCACCAGCACCACCCCCACCUCCCAGGGGCGGCCGGGGCCUUCCUGCGCUACAUGCGGCAGCCAAUCAAGCAGGAGCUCAUCUGCAAGUGGAUCGACCCCGACGAGCUGGCCGGGCAGCCGCCACCGCCGCCACCGCCCCCGGCCGGCGGCGCCAAGCCCUGCUCCAAAACUUUCGGCACCAUGCACGAGCUGGUGAACCACGUCACGGUGGAGCACGUGGGUGGCCCCGAGCAAAGCAGCCACGUCUGCUUCUGGGAGGACUGUCCGCGCGAGGGCAAGCCCUUCAAGGCCAAAUACAAGCUCAUCAACCACAUCCGCGUGCACACCGGCGAGAAGCCCUUUCCCUGCCCCUUCCCGGGCUGCGGCAAGGUCUUCGCGCGCUCGGAGAACCUCAAGAUCCACAAGCGCACUCAUACAGGGGAAAAGCCUUUCAAAUGUGAGUUCGAUGGCUGCGACAGGAAGUUUGCCAACAGCAGUGAUCGAAAGAAACAUUCCCAUGUCCACACCAGCGACAAGCCCUACUACUGCAAGAUUCGAGGCUGUGACAAAUCCUACACUCACCCGAGCUCUCUAAGGAAGCACAUGAAGAUUCACUGCAAGUCCCCACCGCCAUCUCCAGGCGCCCUGGGUUACUCAUCAGUGGGGACUCCAGUGGGUGCCCCCUUGUCCCCUGUGCUGGACCCAACCAGGAGUCGCUCUAGCACUCUCUCCCCUCAGGUGACCAACCUCAAUGAGUGGUACGUUUGCCAGGCCAGUGGGGCCCCCAGCCACCUCCACACACCUUCCAGCAACGGAACCACUUCCGAGUCUGAAGAUGAGGAGAUGUACGGGAACUCUGAAGUUGUGCGGACGAUACAUUAG